ACCAGCGUGUCCACUUUCUGCGAAGCUCUAUCAGGCUCAGAAAGUGAAAAGACUGUCCUUAGAGGAGCUGCUCACUCUGGUCAGAAAGGCUGUCAUGGAAGUGAGAAAACCAUAUCCUAAGAUAAGUGAAGUGGUGUGGCCAGAGCACACAGAGAGGAAAUCAAACAGCAAAGAAAUAUUUCUGUCAACCCAGGCUCUGUGUCAUCUCACGCCCAGCCCUUCCCCAAUGAAUGUGGCGAAGGAAGAGGAGCAAACGUCACAUACAGACAACCCAGAAGAAGAACAGCCUGUUAUUUACAAUAAUCAAGACCAUGUUUCAUCUUUUGAGGAUCUGAGCUCUGUGUCUGCCUCAUCCUUCACCUCAGCUUCAUCUCUGCCUCUGAUGAAACAGGAUCGUCCUUAUGUGUACGAGAGGACUUUGACUCUGCAGAGGAUUUCUUCUCUGCUCACUGACGGAGAGAACCAAAGCAGCGAAGAUGAAGAAGAGGAAGAAGAAGAGAGCAGAACCCCUUCUUCAAACGAUGCCCUGCCAGAUAGCCGAGAGCUGCUGCUAACACCAGAUGGCGCCACAGACCCUACCUCUAUCAACAGCUUGAACAAAGACAAUUCGAUGGAACUGAUGCUUUCCCCAGGGGGAGGUGAAGAAGACAAGAAUAGGAUAGAAGAGAAUAUUUUCACAGUUGAUGAACCUUCCAUGGAUGAAAACCAUCCGUCUGACACAAGGCUGAAUCUCCAUUCUGACAACCAAUCAGUGCCUGAUUUCCUCUCACCUGACUAUGAAAAAGGUGCCAGCUGCAGCUGUGAAGGAGUGUCUGAAGGUAUCAUUCAUGGUCCCCCAGAUGUCAACCGAGAAGAACAAUCAGACUGGCUCCCUUUGCAGGUUUUCAGUUGUAGUGAAGCAGCCACAUCCGACAGUUUCCUGGAAAAGAAAAUUAAUCAGACAGCAGCUGAGCAUCACCAGCAAGAGGCACCACUCAGAUGCUUCAAUCAAGACCUCCCCUGUACCCCGUCUGACACCACCCACGACCUGCUCACUGACCUUCACCAGAGCUUUGUUUUAAAGGAACCUAAACCCAGUGGCUCACCACAGACCACUGAGCAGGACAGGUCCCUCCCCACCACCAUGUGCAGCUCUACCUUCCUCACACAUCUUCAGGGCGUCUCUCUGACCUCCAUCCCAACCUGCAGCAUCAAAACCACCUCUGCUCCUUCUGAUGCCACCAAUGACAGCGCCUCAAAAUACAGAAUAGAAAUGGAUGAACUCUGUGUCCAAGGCAGCAUGGGCAACUGGUGGCAACAGAGCACUGAGACUUGUACAGAUUCAAGGGGUGUCUUAUCUGCCGCAGAACCAGGAGCAGGCAUCUCAUCAGAUAAUAAGAGGCCUUCCCUUGUCCUAACUCAGCCAUACAACUACAGUCUGCUCAACUUUAUGGACUUCACCACAAAGCAAAAAGGAGACAACAGCAAACAGGAGGAGAAAGAGGAGGCCGCAGGUUGGAGCAGUUCAAUGAGAGCUUCACAAGGAGCCAUAAGGAGCGGAAGAACACGAUCCAGGAAAGGCAAACGAGUGAAGAGGAUGUGAAGAUACAACACUGUGACAAAGGGCUGUCUUUAAACAUGAUGCAUGUUUCAAAUCUGAGUAACUUAUCUAAAAAAAAAAUCAUAUUACACACUUGAUGAUCACCACCAACAAUUUUGACCGUCACAACAUCCAUCUCUUCUCUCUCAUCACUCACUUUGCCAGGUGUUUUUGACAGCAGCUCUUUCACUGAUAUUUCUUCACUGUAGUAUCACAUGUAAAAAAAAAAAAAAAAAAAAAAAACAC